UAGCGUUGUCAUUGCGAAACAAUUAAUCUUUGUAUAUUCUUUUUUGCUUUGCAUUUUUUCGUUUUGGUGACUGUAUUCUCAAAGUUGCUUACGUUGUUGACACUAGACUUACGGAACCCGUCAGUUUGACAGAUAUUGAGUUUUUUUAAACAUUAUUUAGUAACAGUUUAAGUCGAUUUUCAUUCGUGUGAUUAUGCGAAUACGCAUCGCGUUACUCUGGUUUUCGAUCUACAAUUUUCACGAUUUAUACAGACGAACACGUAGUUUCCUAGGAACAAUAGAAUAAAGUGUAGAAUAAACGUCCGUAAAUCUAGUGUUAACUGUGCUUUUUCAUUUGAACCGAAAGUGCUAACAGGUUAUAGCCAAGUCUCCAUUUGUACUCCUGUCAAUUAAUUAAUUCGAAUUGAUGGAUAGUGAAAAACAAAAGGACGAGAUUAUUGCACUGGAAAGUAUUUACAAUACGGAAGAGUUUUCUUAUUAUGAAGAAAAUGAUCAUUACCAAUGCACUUUUAAGAUAUUUAUAAGUCUUCCAAUGGAGUAUUGUGUUACUUACAAAGAUUGCAGACACACGGAAGAACCUUUGCAAAAGAUUCAAAUAUCUCAUUUACCACCUUUGACAUUAUACAUCAUUUUACCAGAGGAUUAUCCUUCAGCAUCGCCACCAAAAUUUACUUUAUGCUCGUCUUGGUUACGUCUCCCGUUGUUAGGUAAAUUAUGUAAAAAAUUAGAUCAGCUCUGGGAAGAAAAUAAAGGGCAAGAGAUUUUGUUUACAUGGGUAGGCUUUUUACAUGAUGAAACUUUAGAGUUUCUGAACAUACAAGAGAGUAUUAAUAUAAGCAGCGUUUAUACACGUUACCAAGAAGCUUUAGAAAAAGCGCAAGGUGUUGUAAAAAAUAAGGUAGCAGACAAUGUAGACAAAGAAUCCAUCGUUGAAGAUGUAAAAAACAAAGCAAAGGCAAAUGUCAAUACUCAGUAUGCGAGUAAAAAGAAUUUUAUACACGAGUACUACGAUAAGAGAGCCAUUUUAGAUGGUCCAGUUGGGAGGAAUCCUAUUCAAGUAUUAAUUGAUUAUAAUGAGAAACGCAAUCGGAUUGAAUUCAAAAAGAAUUUCAACACUUGUAAGAUAUGUUUUGUGGAUAAGUUGGGAGAACAUUGUACACAAUUUUUGCCGUGUACUCAUGUGUUCUGUAAAGAUUGCAUAACCGGUUAUCUAGAGGUCAGAAUUAAAGAUGGAAAUGUCCAAAAUAUUUAUUGCCCCGAAGAAAAGUGUUCCUCUGAAGCAACUCCUGCUCAGAUAAAAGAACUAGUAAGUUCAGAAUUAUUCGCAAAGUAUGAUUCUAUCCUUCUAAGCGCAACAUUAGACACUAUGAAGGAUAUAAUAUACUGCCCAAGGCGUAAUUGUCAGUAUCCAGUUAGCUGUGAACCAAAUGAACCAAUGGCAAAUUGCCCAGUAUGUCAAUAUGCAUUUUGCAUUUAUUGUAAAAUGGGAUAUCAUGGUAUAGAACCGUGUAGGAUUUAUUCAGAUAAAAUGCAGCAGUUAGUAACUGAAUAUCAAACAGCGUCUACCGAAAGGAGACUUGAAAUAGAACUACGCUACGGUAAAAAACAACUGCAAACAUUAGUAGAAAAUUCUAUGUCUGAGAAUUGGAUUAAGACCAACAGUCAAAAGUGCCCUAAAUGUCAUGUUGCUAUUGAGAAGUUACAUGGCUGCAAUAAGAUGGUAUGCUGGCGUUGUAAUACAUUCUUCUGUUGGUUGUGUUCCGCUAUACUCAAUCGCUUAGCACCAUACGAACACUUUCAAAAUUCAAAGUCCGCGUGCUUUAAUAUGUUAUACCAUGGAAUUAUAGACGACGAGGAAUGGGAUGAUGAAUGGAUGAUUUUAAUAUAACGUUAAAGCAAAUAAAACAGAUAUUUACUCGAAAAAUUAAUAACUGUUACCAGCUCUCCCAUGAAUAUAUUGUAUUUUAUUUGAGUUUUCAUGAUUCAAAAAUUUUAGUCAAACAAAAAUCUUCUUUUCUAUGAAAUUCGUAUUUGUUACUAAUUAUAUUUAUAUGUAAUAGCGGGCUUCAACUGAAAUACGUAUAUUUAUGUUAAACCUAUUGUGUAAAUACCAAAUAAAUUACGAAACAUUA